AUGGCUUGGUUGAGGCGAAUAUUGAAGCUCCAAUCAACUUCCCAAGCGCUGGGUAGGUUUGCACGGAGCGCUGGCCAACACUUGGGUAAGAAGUCUUCGUCUGUUUUUGAAAUUCGCACCUCGCCGGGCAAGGGCCUGGGGGUAUUUGCGACCAAGGACAUACCUCGCAAUGCCGACAUCAUGCGUGAUCCUCCCGCUUUCCAAACCUGGAAUGGCGAAGACCUGGUAGAGCGACACCGGAGGUUCAUUAUGCUUCCACUUAAGACACGACAGAACAUCCUGAAGCUCUCGGAGGGUAAAUCCGUCUUAGAUUAUCGUCCGAUCGUCUACGCCAGGUACCCGAGGAAUAACAAGUACGAGAGGGAAUCUAUCCUCGAGAUCUUCAAGCUGGAGGAUAUCAUCGAUACAAAUGCCUUCACCAUCGCCCAUUGUAAUCGCUUGACUGCUGAGCUGUUUCUGAAUGGCUGCCGAAUCAACCACUCGUGUAUUCCGAACGUCGACCAGGUAGACAACGAAGGCACCGGUGACCUAGUAAUGCGUGCUAACCGGGAUAUCAAUGCUGGCGAAGAGAUCACGACUUCUUACAUUAUGCGUGCUGCACCUCGCGAGAUCCGGCAGCGCGAGCUCUCUGGACGCUGGGGUUUCGCCUGCCAGUGUCCAGCAUGUGACCUUGGUCACCCAUUCAGUCGCCCUCACAAACAGCGCCUGAAAGCUCUUCUUCGAAUCUACAUGAACUCCGUGUGCUAUUUGGGCGAUGAUGGCCGAUUGAAGAGGCCCGGGACAUGGUCAUACGCGGCGCUCGAGCGAGUUACAGACAGUUUCAGGAGACGGACUGAGCUGCUCACCCAGCAUCAUUCGCUACGGUCAUUUACUCGCGAGGUGUACCUAGGAGCGUUCGAAGUUGCCAUCGCCAAGUAUAAGCUUAGGCGGGUUAGGUCCGAUCUCAAGGAAGCUCUCAAGCUGUUGCAGUUGACCAUCCAAGCGGAAAGAAUAUAUUUUGGGGAGGCUAUUGCCCGGUCGCAUGAGGAACUCUACGCCAAACUUGAGAAAGGCGACAUCUCGGGGGUAUGA